AUGUCCCAACCGAAUCAUCUAAUAAUCGUAUGCUGCCACGCAAUCUACCUUGGAGGCGCAAGUAAGGGCGCCGACGAGAACGAAUGGCUCCUUGCACCAUUCCAGAAAGGCGAAACGCCAACAUUCGUGGAGCAUAUCAAAGCUGGUCUGCGGAAGUUUGGGGACAGUCAUGGGACGGGCGUUUCGGUGUUCUCGGGACUCACAGGUACCAGAGGAGCGACGAAACGAGACCAGACCUUCCUGUCAGAGGGAGAAUCAUAUCUUAAUCUUGCGCGCGAGAACGAUUUCUUUCUCUCUGAACAACAGCACAAUACAGACAUAUUCAACACAGACAACAUCCUCGCAGAACCGCAUGCCACAGACUCCUACCAAAACAUCUUAUUUUCCCUCCUGGUUUAUCGACGAAAUACGCAGCGCCCAUACCCGAACAGAAUCAGCAUUGUGACGCACGAUUUCAAGCGGGAUAGGUUUUUGCAUUUGCAUCUGCCUGCUAUCGGCAUUGUGGCGUCGCCCGGCACAGAAGCGUUGUCUUCUAUGAUCAAGGUUGAUAUCAUAGGUAUAAACCCACCGGAGCGCAUAACGCCUUUGGCGGAGUUGGUAGAAGGCGAAAAGAAGAGGGGGUAUGGACUGUGGAAGCGCGAUCUUUAUGGUACUGGGGAGCUGUUGGGUGAAAAGAGGAGAGAGAGAGGGUGGGCAUUGGGCACUGGGGAAGAGGAGGCGGUGCUGGAGGGGGAGGAGGACGAGGUGGUGAGGAAGUUGGUGAAGUGGGAUGGAGACGGGCUGUUCCCUGAGAUGGAUGCUUUGCCGUGGGUGCACGAGAUAUCCGGAUGA